CGUGUUCAUUUGUGUCCCUUCUUUGCAUUAAAAGAGGAGCGAGUCUCCAGAUAAGAAUUAAAAAUUGAUACACAAACCUGAAAAUCCAUUGACAGCUGCCGCUUUGAUACAUGGAGUCACACAAUACUUAGAUAGUCUUUCGGCAGAGCUGCAAAUUUUACAAGCGGGCAAAUCGAACCCGAAAACAAGGUGGAGUGACAGAAAGGGAGGCUGUUUAUGUAGCUAGCUUGCUAGCUGGCUAGGCUACAGGGUCUCUGACGAGGAGGACAAAACACUGAAGAAAAAUUCGACAAUCACCCUUUCCUGACGGAAAGGGCUACGGCUUUCCUCCUCCUGACAAGCCUGCCGUUAUGGCUCACCUCCGGGACUUGAGGAACCAGAACUCUCGUCUGGACCCAGAGGAGUACUUCACCAAGCUGGAGCGCAUUGGGAAGGGCUCCUUCGGGGAGGUGUACAAGGGCAUCAACAACCGCACCAAGGAGGUGGUGGCCAUCAAGAUCAUCGACCUGGAGGAGGCCGAGGACGAGAUCGAGGACAUCCAGCAGGAGAUCACCGUGCUCAGCCAGUGCGACAGCCCCUUCGUCACCAAGUACUUCGGCUCCUUCCUCAAGGGGACCAAGCUGUGGAUCAUCAUGGAGUAUCUGGGAGGGGGCUCAGCCCUAGACCUGCUGAAGCCGGGGCCUCUGGAGGAGACGUACAUCGCCACCAUCCUGAGGGAGAUCCUGAAGGGGCUGGAUUACCUGCAUUCCGAAAGGAAGAUCCACCGGGACAUCAAAGCAGCCAACGUGCUCCUGUCGGAGCAGGGUGACGUGAAGCUGGCGGACUUUGGGGUGGCCGGGCAGCUGACGGACACUCAGAUCAAGAGGAACACGUUUGUGGGCACGCCCUUUUGGAUGGCGCCCGAGGUCAUCAAGCAGUCGGCGUACGACUUCAAGGCGGACAUCUGGUCCCUGGGAAUCACAGCCAUCGAGCUGGCGAAGGGGGAACCCCCAAACUCAGACCUGCAUCCCAUGAGGGUCCUCUUCCUCAUUCCCAAGAACAAUCCACCCACCCUCGAGGGCACCUACAGCAAGCCUUUCAAGGAGUUUGUGGAGGCCUGCCUCAACAAAGAUCCCCGAUUCAGACCCACAGCCAAGGAGCUGCUGAAGCACAAGUUCAUCACACGCUACACCAAGAAGACGUCCUACCUGGCGGAGCUCAUCGACCGGUACCGCCGCUGGAAGUCGGAGGGCCACGGAGAGGAGUCCAGCUCCGACGACUCGGACAUGGACGGUGACGGGGACGACAGGGACCAGUGUCCCAUGUGGACCUUCCCCACAGUGCGGCCCAGCUCCCUGAACAAACUGCAGAGGAGCUUCAACAAUUCAGACUCAAAGAUGACAGAGGCAGUGAAGAGGCAGCCCAAGUCUCAGUGUCUCUCAUCGCUGAUCACACCCAUCUUCAGAGAGCUGAAGGAGAAGCGGCACGCGGGCGGCGGCAGCUUGGGCGCCGUCGAGGAGCUGGAGAACGCGUUCAGCCUGGCCGAGGAGUCCUGCCCGGGCAUCUCCGACCGCCUGGUCACGCACAUGAUGGAGAGAGUACGCAUGUUUUCACUAAACGGGAACACCACGCCCUCGUCGCGGUGAGACCCGGUGGCUGCCAUCCCACCACCCCCCCCCGCCCCCCCACCCUGGGAAAACCAUCUGGACAAACCCCUCCCUGCCCAUCCAGUCCCAGGUGCUUCUGGCUCCCAGAGACCAGAGCUCUCCUGCUCACCACCCCCUUCCACUCCCCACAGACCUUUUAAUUAGAGCUUACAAUCCAAUAUUUUUACACUUUUUCGUCAUAGAACUGUGAAUGUUUAAAAAAAAAACAAAUUUCAGGGGCUGUGUAUAAACCAUGAGGCCAUGUCAUACCCAAUAAACUCAACGGAGGUGAAGGCGG